AUGGGCUCACCACCAGGCCUUAAACCCACCCUCACCCUCCUCCUCUCCAUCAUUUCAUCCAUAUCACAUCUAGUCCAGGCCCAAGGCUCCGACUCUACAUAUCCCAAACGAGGACUGAUAUACAUCGACGGCCGAUCCGAAGACUACGACGUCUUCACCAGCGAACAAUCACCACUGACAUGGUACUAUUCGUACUCACCAUGGCCAACCCUCUUGUCAUGGAAAGCCAAUUUCGCACCCAUGAUCCACGGUGUACGCGACGCCCCAGAGGCAGUUCGUCGAAUCCAAGCAUUUGUCAAUGGAUCACAGAGAUUGGGAGCCAACACGCUCACUCACGUACUGUCGUUCAAUGAACCCGACGGCGAUCGAGCUAGCGGCGGCAGUGAUUCCUCACCGGAGCAUUCUGCAGAGGUGUAUCUGGAGUAUAUUGCACCCUUGCGCGAAGCACCGUAUAAUCUCAAGGUGUCGGUUCCUGCGACCACGGGAUCCCCGAUGGGGUUGGAGUGGCUUCGUGGUUUCAACGAGUCGUGUUGGGACCAGAAUCCAGAUAAGGGUUGUGAGUUUGAUUUUGUGGCUACGCAUUGGUAUGGUGAUUUUGCGGGUAUGGCGUCCUGGUUGGGGACGGUUCAUGAGUUGUAUCCUGAUUUACCGAUUUGGUUGACGGAGUUUGCUAUUCCUCAGCUUGAUGAUGAUGAGACCAGAGAGUUUAUGAAUCAGAGUUUGCCGUAUCUGGACGACCUGGACUAUGUGGAGCGAUAUUCGUGGUUUGGUACCUUUAGGACCAAUGAUGCAAAUGAGUGGACGGGCGAUGGCGUCAGUAUGUUGAAUGGACGUGGUGGGUUAUCUGAUCUAGGCGCCGAGUAUAUGGGUGGUGACCAGCAGGGAUUUGAGGCUGGACAGCGUGGACAAGGAGGUGGCGCAUCAUCGUCCAGAUGCAGUAUAUUUUUUCUUAUUGCCUGUCUCAUGGUUGGCUUGUCAUCAACAGUCUAUUGA